AUGUCCGCGUGGGGAAACGUCACUGACGAUCUUGAUAAACGGCCUGGCAUUUCUUACAAGGCAGCUGCCGGUGCGUCCGGCGGUAUUCGAAGGAACUUAGAUUCCACCUCUUUCAACGAACAAUUUCCUGCACUAGACUCUCACGUUAUUGGCAAUGCCAAUAACCUUGACAACAACGCAAAGAUUCCUCUGCUCUCUCAACAACUCCAAACAUCAUCUUCUUCUCAGACACUACCAAGCCAAACAAAGGCGAAUGCACAGGCUAUCCUAAACGCUGUCAAACAGGCUUCAUCUCUUGCCAACAGAAACAAUAGUGGUGAAAACAUUAAUAGUAAUACCACCGGCUUGACAUCUUCCCAAAGUGCCACAAACAUUCUCAAUAGUCUUACAAAUGCUGCUGCUGCUGCUGCUGGUGUUGCCACGGGUAUCUCUGCUACUGAGUCAGGCAUCACAAAUACGCCGCUUAAUGGCUCUCAUAGUGAUACACCUACACCACAGCUUCCUCCAGGUCUUAUUCAAGGUAAGCUCGAGCCUAAGCAAGCUGCCGCUACCACCACCACCGCUACAACAGCUGCUGUGGAGGAGGUGAUACUCACAGAGGAUAUUGAUAAAUUUGGUUUGAAAGGGCUACUUCCUUUGCUUAGAAUGGAACCUAGUGACCAAGCCACUAUAGCUACCGGAGUAGACUUGAACAUGCUAGGACUAGACUUGUCAAACAAUGACCCUAACUACAAGAUCUCAAAGACAUUUGCUUCUCCGUGGUUGGAAACGAGCAGAUCGGAAGUUGAGCCGCUUUUCAGCUGCCCAAACAGUUUCCUUAUACCAGAUAAAGAAUUGACUAAUAUUGAGAGCCGCAUCAAUACUUUCAACGACGAAACUCUAUUCUUCAUUUUCUACAGCAAGCCUAGGGAUACUUUACAAGAGUUGGCUGCCCGCGAAUUGAAUAACAGAAAUUGGAGAUACCAUAAGGACCUCCAGGUUUGGCUUACCAAGGAUUCCAGUGUAGAACCUGUACCAAACGGUCCAGGAUCAGAGAGGGGCACUUACGUGUUCUUUGAUCCAACGUCUUGGGAGUAUGUCACCAAAGAGUUUGUAUUGUCAUACCAGUCAAUUAUAUGA